GGAGUGUCUUUGUGGUUCCAGAAUGCCUGUGGAGGCUGGAGAGACUGCCCAGAGAACUUGAGGCAGGCAGGUUUCCAUGGCCAGUACCACCAUAUCCUGCUGCUGUUCUGGGUCUGGUGUCUGAAUUUGAAUAUGCCAGAGAGCUACCUGUGUCUCCAAGGACUGCAUCUGAGAAGCAUUGUGUCACUUCCGGCCCAUCUCCAUAUUUUCUGAGGAGAAAUCUGCUGUCAUUCUUACGGGUGUGAGCCAUAGCUGGAGGCUACUCUUGUGCCAAUGACCCUUCCCAAUUCCUCCAGCGUCUUGGAAGACAAGAUGUGUGAGGGGAACAAGACCACUACGCCCAACCCCCAAAUGACGCCCCUGGUGGUGGUCCUGAGCGCCAUCUCCUUGGUCACGGUGGGACUCAACCUGCUGGUCCUGUAUGCUGUGUGCAGCGAGCGGAAGCUACACACGGUGGGGAACCUGUACAUCGUCAGCCUCUCAGUGGCCGAUCUGAUCGUGGGGGCCGUCGUCAUGCCCGUGAACAUCCUCUACCUCCUCAUGUCCAGGUGGUCCCUGGGGCGCCCUCUCUGCCUCUUUUGGCUUUCCAUGGACUAUGUGGCCAGCACCGCAUCCAUUUUCAGCAUCUUCAUCUUGUGCGUCGAUCGCUACCGCUCUGUGCAGCAGCCCCUCGGAUACCUGAGGUAUCGUACCAAGACCCGAGCGUCGGCGACCAUCUUGGCAGCCUGGUUCCUCUCCUUCCUGUGGGUGAUUCCCAUUCUGGGCUGGCAUCGCUUCAUGUCGAAGACCUCAGGGCGCCGGGAGGACAAGUGCGAGACGGACUUCUACGACGUCACCUGGUUCAAGGUCAUGACUGCCAUCGUCAACUUCUACCUGCCCACCUUGCUCAUGCUCUGGUUCUAUGCUAAGAUCUACAGGGCUGUACAGCAGCACUGUCAGCACCGGGAGCUCAUCGGUGGAUCCCUCCCAUCCUUCUCUGAAGAUAAGCUGAAGCCAGAGGACCUCAAGGUGGGCGCUAAGAAACCGGGGAAGGAGUCUCCCUGGGAAGUUCUGAAAAGGAAGCCGAAAGAUGCCGGUGGUGGACCUGUCUUGAAGACAGCAUCCCAAGACCCAAAGGAGAUAAAGUCUCCAGGCGUCUUCCGCCAAGAGAAGGAUGGAGAGCUGGACAGAGUCCAUUGCUCCCCACCUAACAUUGUGCAGACGCAGAUGGAGGCGGAUGGGAGGGGCAGGGAAUACGUAGCCAUCAGCCAGAGCCAGAGCCAGCUCGAGACGGGUGAGCAGGGCCUGAACAUGCAUGGGGCCAAGGAGAUACUAGAGGAUCAGAUCCUAGGUGACAGCCACUCCUUCUCCCGGACAGACUCAGACACCCCCACAGAGUUGGCACCAGGGAAAGCCAAAUCGAAAAGUGAGUCUAGCAGAGGCCUGGAUUAUAUCAAGUUCACCUGGAAGAGGCUUUGCUCACAUUCAAGACAGUACAUGUCUGUGUUGCAGAUGAACCGAGAACGGAAGGCCGCCAAACAAUUGGGUUUUAUCAUGGUGGCCUUCAUCGUUUGCUGGAUUCCUUACUUCAUCUUCUUCAUGGUCAUUGCCUUCUGCGAGAGCUGCUGUAACCAACAUGUGCACAUGUUCACCAUCUGGCUGGGCUACAUCAACUCCACGCUGAACCCCCUCAUCUACCCCUUGUGCAACGAGAACUUCAAGAAGACGUUCAAGAAAAUUCUGCACAUUCGCUCCUAAGGGAGGCUACAAGGGGUUGCGACUAAGUGAUGCUUAUGAUGUCCCUGAAGGAAAUAGAGGAGGAAGCCUGUGCGUUGCCAGACACCUGGGCUUUCUGGAGCCAAAAGAAUAGCCUUAGGGGCUGGGUAGUUUGGAAAGUUCAUAGGCACCAUUGGAAGAACAGCAGAUGGCGGUGGUCAGCAGAGAGACUGUAUCCUGAGAGCAGAAUACUUCCAAGAGAAUCCGAUCUGGUUGAGCUCUCCUGCUCCUCGGGAAAUGUGGGCGCCUCAGACUCACAUUGUAAUUCAAGCUUUCAGACUCGAAUUAAUGGGCAACCGAAGGGACACGUGGGUAGAGUUCCAGUAGAGAAGUAGACAGAACUCUGGAGCCUUCCUGGAAUGGAGCUAUACGACUGUGCAGAGACCUUAUAUUGAUACACACAGACAGAUGCUGUCCCCUGCCAGGGGUCACCUUGAGAGGCAGGACAGCUAUUCCACUGUGACUGCCACUUCUCAGAACACCUGUCCUCUGAGCCUCUUUUACAGCUUUCUCCGGACCCAGUGUUUGAACCACCUUGGAAAUUCCGCCUUAUUAUUUCUCACUCACACACAUCUUAGAGUUGAUAGGAAAUUAUGCAGUCUACACAUCCAUCAUUUUCAAACCCAAAUUCCCUUUUUGCCAUAAAAAAAAAAAAGGCUAAAUGCUG